AUGCAAGACGAAAAGGCCGAUCUAAAGGAGGCCUUAAAUGCAACUAAGAGCAAGAAGAACGACGAAAUCUUCAUAGACGAGGCGCAGUAUGGUGUCUGGACGUUGAAGGUUGCGAGAUCGGUUCAGUCUAGGGUUGAGCUAUACUGGAACGAACUAAGGAUGGCGUAUCCCUUGUUCGUGCGGCUCCUGGCCGACAUCUACAGUGUUUCGCCUACCCUUUUCACCAUCUUCAUUGCUUGCAAUGUUUGGGAUGGCAUUCAAGACGCCUUGGGAAUGCAUCUGUCAAGCUCGCUCUUACGGAAGAUCGAGGCAGGCCUUGUCUCUGGAAUUCCUGACGCUCGAGGGAUUGUCAUGUCCGUAGUCCUGCAACUCCUAUGCUCGGUGGCUUUUGCGUAUAUUGGUUGGCACAACUCGAGAGCGCUACGAAAUCUACAGACUGAAGUUACUCAGCAUUUUCAAUUUACUUUUAUGAAAGCAACACUAGAGAAAGAUCUUCCCACUUCCCUAGAGGCCACCAGUAGCUCAGACAUUUCCGCCAACGAUGCUUGGGAAGCUAUCUCCAAUGUGAUAUCAUUCUUCUCGGAGCUAUUCAAAGUUGCGAGCCAGCUCCUUCUCAUCUUGCACCUCUCAAGGACGUCAGGCGGGUUGGCAUUCGCUCUUCUGUGUGUCGUCAAACCCGUCUUCUCUGCGAUGACCUACACGACUUGGUUAGAUAAAGUAUGUUUCGCGUACGCAAGUAACACCGACUAUCGUCGGAUGAUGUCGCUAGAAAGCCUCGCAAGCGACAAUUACCACCAGGACAUCAUCAGUCACAAUCUCGGCGCGUGGAUAAUUAAAGAAUAUCAGAAAAUUCGAAAGGCCCUUACAGGAAUCACCGACGAGCACCCCUAUUACUAUUUCUCUCGACGAGAUACCCCAACGUAUGACAUUUUUGCUGAAGUACUAGGUAAUUUACCCAUCGCAUACUGCGCCAUUCUUGCGAUAUUCAGACCGUCGGCGUUCUCCGUCGCGUCCAUCGCCAUCCUCCAGCAAUCGGCGCUGACACUGCGGUACUCGUUGGAAAAGAUCUUUCGAAGCGCGGAGGAAGUCCGUGGAGCCGUGCAUUCGAUCAGGAGAACGUAUGAGGCGACGGAAGUCUUGAACCUGAUGGAGGAUGGCAACCUUGCGUACCCUCGAGUGGACGAGAAAGAGGAAUGGAACGGUGAGAAGGGAAUGUCGUUUGACCUGAAAGACAUUACGUUUGCCUACCCAGGCAGCGAGAAAACCUCAAACGCCCUGAAUGGAAUUUCUCUCAGCAUCAAGCCUGGCCAGCUCGUCAUCAUCGUCGGGGCAAAUGGCUCUGGCAAGUCCACGCUCAUCCGCAUUCUUUCGCGGCUCUACGACCCCACCGACGGCACCGUCCUCAUCGACGGACGCCCUUCGAAAGACUACCGCGUCCGGGACCUGCAUCGCGCUACUGCCAUUCUCAGCCAGGAGAACUACGUCUACCCUCUGACGUUCGCAGAGAACAUCGGGCUGGGGUAUCCUGAAUGUUCGGAUGAUAUGGCGCUCGUGGAGGAAGCGGCGAAGGAGGGCGGUGCGGCUGAGUUUAUUGGGAAGCUGAAGAACGGGGUCCAGACGAUCCUGAACGCCCAUGUCACGCAUUUCCAUAAUAAUUUGCAUGGAAAUCGGGAGCACCCACUUUACGCGGAGAUGGAGGAAUUAAAGAAAAAGAUCGAUAUUUCGGGUGGAGAAAAACAAAGGAUUGCAGCGAUCAAGUUCGUUGCCGUCGAUGAGCCUAGCUCUGCACUUGACGCCGAAGGCGAGCUACAGCUCUUCAACAGGCUCGUCGACGUGCGACAGGGAAAGACGAUGGUGUUUGUUACCCAUCGGUUUGGCCAUCUGACUAAACAUGCGGACCUAAUCGUCUGUAUGAAGGAUGGACUUAUCGUUGAAACCGGCACCCAUCCAGAGCUGAUGGAGAAUAAAGGAGAAUAUGCAAAGCUUUACGAUAUUCAAACACAAGCUUUUGCUAACUGA